AUGGUCAAUAUCCAGAAUAAGCCACAAACGACGAAAGCCGUCUCUGAGAAAGUCGUUGAUACUCCAGCAGUCCUGUUUAUACCGUCUAAUGUUGAAAACAAGGGAGGAUGCUCAUCGAAAACCUUGAAAAAGUUUCACUGCAUUCUGGGCGAUCGCUUUGGGCGAGAUCGCAAGUUUUACCCAAAUACAAAAGAUGAGAAUGGCAUGACCCCGCUUCAUUACGCAGCGCAGUUAUUGCCAUCGGGAGAUGAUUUUUGGGGUGAACCCGUGGAGGAACAACAGAUGUGGCAGUCGCUACUAAGAGGCCUUCAUAAGGAUGAUCUAAAUGAGCAGGAUGAUGAUGGUCGUACCCCAAUGUCUUAUGCAGCAGUGGCUGGAGAUGCGUGGGUUGUGAACAAAUUGUUCGAAGCUGGAGCUGACCCCUACCAAAGUGACAAGAACGGGCGAUCACCUUUGUCCUGGGCGGCGCAAUGCGGCGGAAAAGAAAUUAUUAAGCUACUAAGUUGGAAUAUUAGAUAUUUCAAUGACAAAGACAACCGAGGCUGGACACCCUUCCAUUAUUUCCUACAAAGGGAGCCUGAGCCAACUGAAGAAUACGAUCUCGGUGUUGUUCCACUCAUCUGGGAUAAAAGACAUUCCCGUGAGGUUGAAUACUCUCAUUGGCGCAAAGCCGUGGAGAAUCCCUACGUGCAUUCACGAGUGCCAGCAGACUAUAUGAGCACAUCCUUGUUAUCUGAGCCUGAUGCUUUUGGCAUCACUUUUCUGUCGCGUGCUGUACAACUUGAUAGGAUUCUGAUCAUCGCAAUACUUCUUACAAUUGAGGAUAUCGAUAUAGGCAUGCCAGACAGAGAUGGCAAAACGCCGCUGUGGCGGGCGAUAGAGGCCGGAAAUCGCGCAAUUGCCGAGUUACUGUGGAAAUAUGAUGAUGUGACUUUGAGGCUACUUUCGACAGGUGCUCACGCUCGAUCUGAACAUCUGGACUGGCUUACCGCUUUUCAUAUAAUGCUUGACAUCCCUAAUAUUGGCGUUAUGGAGCAUCACCUCCAACAAGCCAUAGUCGCCCAAGUACCUGACUUGCCUAUGGACACAGUUGAAGCUCCAACAAAUGUGAGCUCAUUAUUUCUUGAGAAAGCCGACAGACGUGGCUUAACCCCUUUAGCUUUGGCAAAAGAGAAAAGACUGCUACCGAUAGUGAAGCUUUUCCUUCGGUGGCGUGCCAAAGUGGAUUGCUUCAAACACAAAGCGGACUGGUUUAAUCUAUUGCCGGACAGUAAGAAUAUGGCAUCUUUCUGCAAUAUGGAGGAAACAUAUCGGAAUGUUUCAUUUGAGCUGGUACGAAAGAAGAACAAUAUCCUUGUCUUCGACUUUUACCAAGCAGAGGAUGUAACUCCACAAGGACAUCUUGUCGAACGAUGCGAUAUGCUUCAGCAUCUUUGCUACUCAUACAGCCGCGUGCAUCUUGACACAAAACUGUCCGAAAUAACUUGUGUUCUAACAGCAGAAUUCCCCAAACCGGAUGCAGGAUUCUUCAAGAGACAUAGCCCAUUCCACUCUCAGGGUAUAGCAAGCCAUAAAUGCUGGUGCAUAUCGUGGACAAGGCCACAAUUUGUGAAUACAAACGGCGACGUACAGCCGGUUUUCUACAGCAGUACUAUCUCUCACGGCCAGAUUCCUGCAAGCGACGACAAGUUCCUACAGCAAUACAUUGGCGAAUUAUUUCAGGAAUGGUCCCUGAUAUGCGAUGAAAUAGAGACGCAUGUCAUUGAUCAUUGCAAUGGUGACGAGACGAGCGCCACUGUUCUGAUUACUGACCUAGCUGAUGAUUCACGUUACUUGGCCACCAUUCAGAAGGCCCUUCAAGACCAGGUAAAGGGAAUACAGAAGGCAAUCAGUGACUAUCGCAGGGUGGAUGUAUACCACAGUCUUCGUUUGCAAGAGGCAGAAGAGGGUUUCGGACAACUGAAGGCCACUAUCACUGAUCGACUAGAUAAGCAACAUGAACGCGUGCGUGAUCUCCGCCAAAUGGAAUUUGCUAGGCUUUCCGUUGAAGAAACGGUUUUCAUGAGACGUAUCAGUCUAAUCACUUUUAUCUUCCUACCACUGAUGUUUGCAUCGAGUCUCUUUGGCAUGAACGUCAACGCGCUGCAAAGCAACCCUGACUGGCGCUGGUAUAUCGUGUUCGGCGCCGCAUCCCUUCUUUUGACCUAUGCCUUAUGGAAGGUUUCUGAUCAGAACAUCCGAAUAUCCCAGAUAUGGUCUGAAUUACGGGCGGGACGGGCCAUGAAGAACAAGACGAAGGAUUGUGAAGGCUAAGAAUUGUUACUAUUGACUUUGUUCGGAUUGUUGUGAUUUGUUGGUGAGGGGGAGCAUUGGGGCGGUAAUUGCUUUGUUUUUGCUUAUCACGGAUGGACUUCGGGAUUGGCUAGCUUGAUUACAAAUGUUGUCUCUGUUCUCAUAACCCGCAGACAUAUUCUGAAAUUGCUCGUGCACAGUUUUUUAAUGCAUUAAACUGCAAGAAGACAUGUUCAGUUUCAAAUAGUAAUAAGUGUUAUAUAC